AUGGGUGGUUUCAGACUGUUUGCCAUAGCAAGAGUUGUGAACAUGGACAAUUUCAAAUCAACAGCGAGACGUCGCAAGUUGUUCACUGAUCACUCAGUGCUGUCCAGCCUCCUUCAUCGCAUUGGAAAAGAUGAUGACAAAGACAGACGUUUAUCUGCUUGCCAGCAGCUCCUGGACUUUCUUACAAACAAGGACCAUAGCAGGGAGAUUCAGAAGCAGAACGAGAGUAUUCUGAGUACCAUAUCUUCGGUGUUGAGUGAAAGAUUGUCUACUUCAAUCAAGCUGGAGCUUUCUCAGUGUAUUGCAGCUGUGUCUGUUCAUGCUGGGCAGGAUCUGAAAAGGUUCUUUGGAUGGGCUUUCAACAAAUUCCAGAAAUCCAGCAAUGAUGAAUACAAGACGUAUGUGCUAUAUGCUGUAUUCCAAGCUCUUAGAAAGAAUAAUUCCAAUCCCCGUCUUCCUCCUUUGAUGAAUGGCAUCAUGAAAGAUCUUCAGGUUACACUAGAGAAUGUUGACACACCAGAUCUGUUGGUAUCAGUCAUGAACAUUGUCCAUUAUGUAUCCCAGCAUUAUCCUAAAGUCUUCAGUGCUUUCUUCAAGGUUUGUUUAUAAUUUGUUUUCCUUCAAAUCUUCCUUUUUCUCCUUCUGGUUUAUCUUUGCCUUUGUCUUUCUCUUUUCCUACUUAAUUUCCUCAUCUUCUUGCUCUUCCUCCAUUUCUACAUCUUUUGUUUACUUCCAUGUUUUCUUUUUUCUCACCGUAACUUGAGCAUUUUUCCAAAUAGGGUUUGGUGAUUUAUGAAAAUUCUUUGUUAGUAUUAUGAUCAUAAUUAUCAUUAUGCUGAUGUUUAAUAUUAUAUAUAUCAUUAGGAUAUUGAUGAUGAAUAUAUUUAUAAUUUUUCUCAAUUAUAGUUAUUUCUUUCACCUAGAAAGCAUACACAUGCUCCUAUUGUUAAUAGAAUAUAGCAUGCAAAAUGGUGAGCACAUGCGUGCUGAUACUGACUCUGAUGUCAUUCUCCGUGGAUCUAGGCACAGGCCAUGGGACAAACCUGUGUUUCUUGCAGUUUUGUUCAUAUGGUCAGUGCUUUUAUGAAAAAAAGAUACUAAAAUUGUAAAAAUACGUCAAAUCGGGAUCCACUUUUGAUCAAAGUUGCAGACUGAUGAGUAAAAUAGCAACCAUGCAGGUACUCUGAAGCCAGUAGGUCAUAUUUAUGAAAUGCCAGUCCUCUUGAUGCUGCUUCCCAAGCCCAGCUUAUAGCACAGUGGUAUUACGUGCUAUAAGUAGAUAUACAUUUAGAGUGAAACUCACUGCUGCUGAUUUCAUAAUAGGCCUUAUUUUGCCUACAGACAAUGACUCCUUAUAUUCUCAGAAAAAAAAUUGGUCGCAGUAAAUGGUCAAAUGUUAAUACCUCCAAAGAUAGACAACCAAGAUGGAUCAAUUUCAGGGCUCAUUACUUAUUAAUGGAACACCCCGGUUCUCUUCUGAUUUAUAAACAAAUAUAUUUCAAGAAAGUUAAUGUAAACAAGUCUUUUUUUGUAGCCUAAAUAGAGUUAAGGUAAUUUCUUACUGGGAAAUGGUGUCUUGUGAUUGAUGUGCCUAUUUUUUUAAAUUAGUUUGUAAAGUCAUAUUUGCAGGUGUUUUUUUUAAUUGUGGGUAGUGCAUUUUUACAUCUGUGGUUGAAAUUUUUACAAUUAGUUUUUGGUUGAAUUUGAGGAUGUUUUACUCUUUCAUUUGUGGGUGUUUUUAUUUAUUUUUUAAAUUUAUGGGAGAUGGUGACCUGUGGAUAAUGUGCCUACCAGGCAAAGCCCCUUAAACUAGGUGAAUGGUCCACCCAGUCAUUUGUUUUUUUUUAUUCAUG